CUCGUAAAUGUUAUUCAAAAUGCAGUCCACAUUCUUAUCCUCAUCUCGUUUUGUUACGGGCGCCAUCAUUGCACUGGUUUGGCGUGCCUAAAUCUUAAAUGAAUAUGGACACGUAAGGCCGUAGUCCAAAAUAUGUGAAUGCUUUGUUUAGAGUAUAGUUUCCAAGAAAUGUCGUAUGACAUCACCAAAAUAUGUGUUCUUUCCUGUGACGUUUCGGGUUACUACACAAAGCUUUCGUCGGGAACCAAUGUGUUUCGAUGGUACACGAAUCAUGAUUUUUGGUAGAAAAAAGUGGAUAAUUCUCAUAAUGAAAUAUCUCGGGAAUGUACAAGAUUUUAACACAGACUGAUGUCACAUCAGUAUGUCAGCAGACGAUGUCAGUGCAACAGGAGCAUCAAGGUCAGCUGACUUACUACAGGACAUCCAGCAACGCUACCCAACAGUCUAUCGGCGGCGUCAGCAGAGAUACGCCAGGCAGCAGGCACUGAACAUAUCAAAAACUGUGUCAGACCAUGAGUUGCAUGUCCACUUCAAGGAUGAGAAGGAGGAUCCUCGUGUGGAUGUGGCAUCAAAUCCUCAGACCCCCAGAACACCAGCAGACUGCUCACGGUUGAAUAACUUGGAUGAUUCAGACGUUGUCUUGGAUGCUUCAAACCAAAGAGAUAUUCCCUAUUCUGGUAACACAAUUAAGAAAACAAAUUUACACCCAAAUCAAACUGAAAGUGUUUUUACUGGUAAUGCCAAGAAAAUCUUAGACCCACUUUGUUCGAAUUCAAGAGAUCCUCAUUAUAGAACUAAACCUAUUAUCGGAGGUGAAUGUUUGUCUUCAGCAAAUGAAUAUCCAGACUUGCAGAAGGCCAAUGGUCUUAAGUACCAUCAUCUUCCAAAGUCUGCUGCACCAAGGCAUUCGAUUCAGGAUCGCUUGCAGAAGAAUGCUGAAAUGUUAAACAGUUUGCUGUAUAGAAAACCACCAUUUUUUUCACAAAGAAAACAUCAACAAUCACCUUCAGCAGUGGAUUCUCCAGAAAAUGGAUUAGGUGAGAAAAUGUCUGCUUAUCCUUGUGGUGAAAACAGUCUGGUCUGUAAUGGUAAACAUAGUACAGCUCCACCUAGUGGAUCAUCAUCCAACACUAGGAUUAGUUCCAAGAUGUCUUCCUUGGAACAGGAUUACAGUUCAGAUCCUAAAGAUGAUGAAAAUGAGGAUCAGGUUCAUAAAUCAAAGGUUAAUAAAUCGUUUACAGAAAUGUGUCAGAGUUUGUGUGAGCAACAGAAAUGUAAAAGUAAUAUUUGUUCUCCCGAACUCUGUGUUUCAUGCAUGUCUGCUGGUUAUGACAGUGGCGUAUCUAAAUGCACGUGCAGUAAUUUGUCGGCACAUCUCGACUCGCCGUGUGACAGUGCCAUUGAUGUGGAAUCGACCUCCAUUCAGUCGACCGUCUCGCUAGAAAAAUUAUCUGUUCAGAUUCCAAAGACUGAUCUGGAAGGUUCUGAUGGUCCUCUUCCGAGGUUUGAUGGAAUCUCUCAUUUGCCAAAGAUGCCAGAUAAUCAGGUUAAAAUUUCAACAUGGCAAGUUGAACCAGUGGAUUUCCAAUGGAUUCAGCACAAUGACUGUAAUGGCGAUGGAUCACGUGGAAGAUGUUUUUCCGAGAUGAAUGGCCGACAGGUACACACGCAAAGAUUAGGAGAGAUUUCUGCCAGUGAUGACACGACUUCCAGAUACCACGCAGAUAGAGAGUUCACUGAUCUCUCCAGCAGCAGUCUGUCGUCUUUCCAAGGCAGCACGGUCCGAGAUGAUUUGUCCAUUCGCAGUGUGUCGUCCAUGUUUACAGACUCAGACAUCUGCUCCAACACACCUAGAAGCAUUUACACACCUCGGUCGAACAUCUCAACAUCAGGAGGUACCCCUAGAAGAAUUGCAAUGAAAUGGAGGGUUCAGAGUGCAGCGUCAAAACAUGUAUCUGUGGAAGACAGUGGACAUUCUUCUGAAAAGGAACUCGAAGAGAUAUUUUUCUUGCCUGGACAUAGACAAGCCACAGGAUAUGCUUUUAGCACCCCGAGAUCGUAUCACCUCAGUGAUGACUGUGAUGAUACGGACGACACUGAUCCAAGAUGUGGCAUCACCCCGGGACCACUUCAAAGAGGACAUGCCACGGCAGAAAACACUAGGCAGAAAAAGAAACACUAUAUUGUGAAGCGACCUCAAAGCACUCCACUGUUCGGUAGUGCCGAGUCCACAUCUUUCGAUAAUAGAAUUUUAGACGAGAAUCAAAAUAAUAGGUCUGUUUUCAUAGCUCACUCCACAGAAAGUGUUCCUGGUGCGUUGGAGUGUUUAUCAGAAUCCAAAUGUGAUAAUUCCAGAAAUUAUAAUACAAAAUGUCAGACUGCCAUGGUUCCGAAGAAAGGCAAUACCAAUGCUCAUGGUGAAAGAUUGACCAAUCAGAUUUCAUUUGGAUCUAGUCAGACGGAUAAAGGAGCCAGUCAGAAAUCUUCCGGUAAGGAAUUGUUAGGUUCUCUUUCUAAUGAGAUUGAUAAAAGUCCGAGUACGGUCAACACUGUCUCAAAAUGUUGGUAUUCCAGUGAUGAUAGAGAUAUUGAAUUUUUCAUGCAAGCUGAAUUCUUCGAUGCUUCCAUGAAACCUAAGAAAAGCAGGCUGAAAAGGUUCUUGAAGAAAAAGAAAGGAAAAUAUAACCCAAUGUUACAGGAGCCUCCAAUGAAGGGGGAUCUGAUGCAGAGACCGGUUUCAAUGCCAAAUCUGCUUUUCGAUGAUACAUUUGUCCGUUCAGAAUCAAAGAGUCUUAACAAGUCAUUUGAUGAACUUAGAUCAGUCAGUACUGUUCCCAAUGGCAAUGGAAGCAUUCUUUCAGAGGGUGAUGGAAGCGUGCUUCCAAAUGGAAACAUAAGUGUACUUCCACAGGGCAAUGAAAGUAUUCUUCCAAAUGGUAAUGGAUGUGUUCUUUCAUCAAAUAAUGAUAGAUUAUAUUUACAGGACACACUACCUCGGCAAAAAACACAUACAUACAUUAAUGUUAUACCAAAGUCUAAGGCUUUUGGUAAUGCAUGCAAACCUACAUUUAAUACUUCAUUAUGUAAUUCCGACCAACGCAUGCUGCAUGGUAAGCCUAUGUCAGUUUCCUCACAGUUAGAUAUUGAAAGGAAAGUCCCUUCAUUGGUUCAUCAGGGUGUUGGUUCAGAACCAGAAUCUUGUAGUAAUGUCGUUUUAACGUCUUCAAAACUUGCAGAUCCCACAGUGUGUGUACGUUCUGCAGCUGGAGAUCUUCCAUAUUCUGUGAAUGACCCAUCUGAAAGUGAUGGUUCUUCGUCGGGUUGGUCUGGACGACCUCAUUUAAAAUGUGCUGGUGGUCAUAGUGAAUCUGGUGGAAGAUCUAAAGUGACUGAAGCUGUCAGGUCUGGUCAGAGGACACUACCAGUUGAUGCCUGUCCACUGAAGAACCACAGGAUGGAAAUGCCGUCAGCUUAUGAUGAAGAUCAUCAUCAUCAUGUUGAUCAUGUUCUUGAAGGUGGAUCAGUAGCACUACAGUUGUCAUCAUCUUUACUACACAGAACUGGUAGACAGUACAUUAAUGGUCAUGAUGAUGAUGAUGGUGAUGGUUAUGAUGAUGCUAUGUAUGUUAAUACUACACAUGGCUGGAGUAAUGCUUCCAACUGUGGGUCUGAAACUAACCAAAGCAGCUUAUACACAGAGUUGGGUAAUACUAGUCAAGAAAUGUCUGAGCUGGAUACAUCAGGUCUGUCAUCAAAAACGUUUGUCAUCAGUCAUGAGCAAAGUAGUCCAACAGUUAAUAUGAAGCCAAAUGUAGUUGGUAGAGAUCCUUUACCAUUAGAUAAUGUCGAUGAUGAUGUAUUUUAUGCAAAUUGUUUUAUGAAUGACGGAUUAACAUUCACAAAAGGAAGUGAUUUUUCAGAAGUUGCUGAUUGUUAUCCUGCGACAACAAAGCAGGAUGUGUCAAGACUUGUGGAGCAUGGUGAAGACAAUGAGCAGGUGAUCAAAGAAGGAAAUCGCACACACCAUUUGAAAGCAGAUCCUUUUCAUGCUGAUGUUGGAGAAAAUGAUUUCUCUUCUGCCAGAAAAAGGAUUCAGAGCUUCAGCUAUCCAUGCAUUUCCUCAAAUCUGGGAUUUUCUAGGAACAGUGCCAAAGGGAGUCAGUGUCAUCCUGCACAAAAGAGAACUCAGAGUCUGAGCUGUCCGUCCACUCCAUCGCACUAUCAAGACUUGGAGAGAUCCAAUUGUGCUGGACAAAUAUCCCAACUUCUCUUUGAUUUGAAAAAUGAACUAAUCGGUCAUGAUACAGAUGCAGUAAGUGUACAGAGUGAAUACAGCACUACUGAUGAUGAUAACAGAGGCCGAGAAUCUACUGGGCUAGAAGAUGAUUAUGUGAACAUUAGAAGGGCCAGCGACUCUGAGGGUGAAAGAGAUCCUACAGCAUGUGACCAGGUCGAAAGAAAGUCAGAAGAUUCGGACACCGCUUGUUCUGCAGCUGUAGAAAACUCUAAUUGUUCCAUCUAUAUUGAUGUAGAUUCGAGGACAAUAGAACAGACUGUCACUUUGAAAGAACCUCAUUCUGCCGCACAUUCUGUUACGGCAGUCAAAAAACCUGUGAAAAAGAUCAGAACUAUAUUUAAAACGUCACAGAGUUCUGUUGAUUCCGAAGAAAGCAUGAAAACCAUGGAAGAUCCGUAUUCAGAGGUGGAGAAUUCCAAUGCACCUGUGACUGGAGGAGGUGUACAGAAUGGUACUCCACCCCGUGUUUCUCUGUAUGCAACUUGUGAAGACGUAAUUCCUGAUCACCUGUCUGGUAACAACAACCAUACAGAGGACUGGAACCGUACUAGGGGUGUUCAGUCUUAUAAUGGUUCACAGACAAGUGAUAUAUAUGAGAAUAUCAGUGACUACUGUGAUGGAGACACUACGAUGGUAAAACCUGGUGUAAUCCCCAAAACAGUGCAAGACGAUUCCGUGGCUCCUCCGGUGGCCAGCAGGAGGUCAGUAGUCUAUAACUGUGGUGAAAACAUGACAGAUCCAGCUUAUCAAAAAGCUGAAGUUGAAGAUGAUUAUGCAGUAGUGACUAAACCAAGGAGUGGGAGUGCUUUACGCGUUGUCGAUAAACCGGUUGUGGACAAGGGAGAUCACUGUGGUGUGGAAGGUGCGUGUGGUGGUGAACAGGAUGAAGACUUCUGUCCACCAGUACCAGAUAGAUGCUACAAAAAGAACAGUUCCAUCCCACUGAAAGCAUCGACGGAGUUCGGUGGUUCGGGGUCCUCCCUUUUUGAUAAAGUGGGCUGCACGUUUAAGUCCAUGAAGAAAGCCAUUAGUAUGGACAGAGGAAUGGAUCACAUAGGCAAAGAAGAAAAGAAACGAAACAAAGAGAACAAAAAAGAAAGGACAGACAAAUUGCUGAUGUCGAAAGGACCAUCACUCAAGUCAUUUACAUCUUUCUUCAGCCGAAAAAAACCGCCCAGGAUCUCAUCAACUGGUGAUGCCUGUGUGGACACAGCGGUGCAGGACCCACCAAGCAAAGAUGGAAAGCUUAAAAAGUGUCAUAAAUACUUGAAGAGAAAGUCGAAACCCAUGCCCUCUAAAGAAACAGUGGAAAGUCCAAAAGAAUUCCGCCAGCUUGGAAAACUGAUAGGAAUUAAUCCGGAUGGAUCACAGUUGGUGGAAUUGAAAAAGCCUCCAAAUGGCCCAAUUGGUUUCUACAUUGCCAGAGGAACAGCUAACUACGAUUAUGGACUUUUAGUUUCACGUUUUACCACUGAGAAUCCAGAAAAACUGUUUGCCGGGAUACUUGGCGUCGGUGAUGAGAUUCUCGAGGUCAAUGAAAAGCCCGUCAAAGAUCUGACUCUGGAACAAGUCUACGAACUGAUGGCGGCCAGUGAUAAACUCAUUCUUAAAGUUUUCCCACUCUUUGCCAGAAAAGAUGUAUAAAACCAGGCUACAGAUUUUCAAAGCCAUCUUAGCGCUACAAUAUCAUAAAACCGUCAUAAGCUAUGACGUCACAACGUCGCAUGCCAUAGUCUACGAAGGUUUUAUGAUAUCAUAGGGCUUCGAAAAUCAGGGCUCAGGCUGAUUGGAUUUUGUUCCAUUUUUGAAAUAUUAAUACCAAAGCUUUAAAAAAACACCUCAAAAACAGCAUAUUAUAUCUGUGUUGUUAAAGUAUUAAGUUAAAUAGAUAAUAUAGCUUAUUUUAUAAAAAAAUAUAUAUAUAUAAUCUGACUUGCAGUUUAUAAAUUAAAAAAAUCAUUGCAUUAUAAUAAAUGCUGGAUGAUAGAAUGUUAAGAGAUAAGGGAUGUUUAUUGAUUGGAAUGAAGAAGUAGAUCUCCGAUGUGAGAAAGGCCGUAGAAUAUAAGAGCGGGUGUAGGGGAGGUAAUACCCCCUAUAGAAAUGAUUUUAGUACCUGUAUUGGUAAUACAAGUACCUACACCGAACAGCUUCCAAAAAUUAAACAAUGACAAUGCAUAACUAACAUCCACCUUUGAAGAAAUAAAUAUCUUAUUUACAUUUCAUCAGCCGUUCAGAUGUCAUGGCAUUUAGCAAAAAUUCCAUGAAAUUAUUUUGUACAAUGGGUGGAGUUGCAUGAAAAAGUGUUAAUUUCUUUGCUGGAAAUCAAAUAAACCUUGUAGCAGCAAGCAGAGUUAUGUGCUAAUUGAGAUGGCUAGUAUGGUCUAGACAUCUAUAAGACUGUGAAGUCAUUUAAAUUAGUUGGUCAGUACAUUACAUAUAUUUAUAAGACACAAAUAAGCCCUUUUUUAGCAUGCUGAGUUAUACACAAACUGAAAUGCCAGCGUGGUCCAUAAAACUUUGAAGUGAUUUAAAUGAAUUGGUCAGUACAUUACAUAUAUAAGCCCUUUUUUUUAGCACAAUAAGUUAUACACAAAUUGAAAUGCCAGUGUUGUCCAUAAGACUAUGAAGUGAUUUAAAUGAAUUGGUCAAUACAUUAAUAUACAUUUACAUGACUGAAGUCAUUCAAGAACAAAUUAAUAUGCGCAACAACUUAAAAUCAUGUAUGCAACAUAGAAAUGGUCUGUGUAUUGCUAUCUGUUGCAAGGUUUUUAAUUCAGUUAAGAAGGUGAUGAAGUGGUCGGUGUGUACCAAACAUCGUUUAUAAUCUUUUGAAGCCUAGUUUCAAUAUACAUUAUAAUACCAUAUUGGUUUGCUAAACAUUCCAGAGUAAUGUAUGAGAGGUGAAAUGUAAUACAUGUAUAUUACACUGUACUCUUGUAACCAUUAUGUUCAUUAUCACUCGGGAUAUGUCCGUUUACAUGCUGUUUGAAAAGAUAUGCAUAAUAUAUGUAGAUAAAAAUAAUAUUUGUAUGAUGUGAAGAAAAAAGCUCAGGCCAUUGAAAAGCUGUAUAAUGUUUAGAGCUUAAUAAUGUUUUUUGACAUCCCAUAGUUCAUUUGAGAUUACUUAUUUGCAUUUACCCAUGUUAUCAAAUCUAUAUUCUAUUAUUUAUUUAAGUAUUUAUUUAUAUAUCAAUAUAUGUAUAUAUAUAUAUUUAUAUUUACAUCAAAUCGGGCUGAUUUUUUAAAUCAAAAUUGGUGAGAAAAAAUAUUAUUGUCUUUAACAUUGUGUCUCAACAUUCCAGACAAGUUGUCUUACUGUUAUCUCCCUUGCUUUGAGUUAGCUUUACUACUAGUAUGUAAGAUAUACUAAUAACAGUCAUUGUUUUGUCGUAGACUUUUGUGUGGUUAACAUUUCAAGUGGUGUUUGUUGACUUGUAGUUGAAUGCAAUCAAGAUAUUCGGGUUUUAUACCUUACCGGGUGUAUAGAUCUGUGUAUGGCUCCUUACACCAAACCAAAUCCCACUUAGGAUAAUGUUAAACUUUAACAUUUUAUAAUAGGAAAGGAAAGAAAUGUUUGUUUAAUGAUAUACAGUGUUUUAAGCUAUUGCUAUUUGGGGAUAAGUAAGUUAUUUUGGCAUUUGAUCAAGACAGCAAGGGUUAAGAGCGGCUGCCAACACAUAGGUUACGUCCCUUUGUUUAUUGAAGCUGUAGAUCGGGUUUUGGUGCCACCGGCCUCAGUGGUGUCGUGGUUAAGCCAUCGGACAUAAGGCUGGUAGGUACAGGGUUCACAGCCCGGAACUGGCUCCCACCCAGAGUGAGUUUUAACGACUCAGUGGGUAGGUGUAAGACCAC